ACGGCGCAUGCAUGUGCCUCUGUGUUGCUCCAGUAGAAAGAAUCAGCCUUGACAUUCCCAUUGCAGAGGGCACCUCUCUGGAAAAGAAUCCCCAAAGGAUACCCAGGGCCCACAUUGCCACCACAACCUUAGAGCCAUGCAAUUCCACUUCUACUUCUUCCUGGCAGUGCUGAAUGGUGGCAUCUCAACCUACCGGCCCAUGGCAGCGCCACUCUGUGAAAUGAGAAACAUGGAUGCUUUAUGUUACAACAGAAACCUUCACCAGAUACCCUCAGAGCUUCAUCCCAAUGUAAACAAAAUUGUCCUUUCUGAGAACAAGCUUCAAAAUAUCACAGAGAUACCCCUGACUUUUUACAGUUCCCUCAGACACUUGGACUUAAGCUCCAACCACAUUGGCUUCAUUAAGCCAGGGAUCUUCAGCAGCUUGAGGAGUUUGGAGGGGAUCAGUUUAGCCAACAACCAACUCUAUCAAAUGGCUCAGAGUAACCUGUGGAUUGGGCUACUACCCCAAGUCAGGAUGCUAGACUUGUCUCGCAAUAGACUCUAUAAUGGGAUGGCUGAACAUUUCCUCCACAAAGCACCAUCCCUUCAGUACCUUUCACUGGCAGAGAACAGUAUUAUAGAAAUAUCACAAAGAACAUUUCAGGGGUCUCUGGCUUUGGUUGACGUGAACCUACACAGUAAUAUGAUCAUGGAAAUAGAAGAAGGAGCUUUUGAAAAUUUAUCACAACUCUCCAAACUCAACCUCUCUAUGAACUCACUCACCUGUAUUGCUGGUUUCAACUUGAAGCAGCUGCAAAUUCUUGACCUCAGCCGGAAUAGUAUCGAGAUCUUCUAUUCCAUUGAAUCCAAGGAAGAAUUCAACCUGAUAUGGCUGGACUUGAGUGAGAACAAAUUGCUUCGGUUCCCUGUUCUCCCACAGGUCAACAAACUGGCCUAUCUGAAUCUAACGAAAAAUUUAAUACAGUUUGUUAUGAUGGAAUCUGCUACUGAGGAUGUGGACUACAGUUGGGGAGAUGGACCUCUUCAUCUUUUGGAUCAGGAUCAAAAGAGCAAUGCAAGUUCUCCACACUUGCCUGAGCUGUUACAUUUGGAUCUGAGCUACAAUGAGAUCAAAUCCAUCCCAAGUGACUUCUUUGCUUCUAUGUCAGCCCUUCGGUUUCUUAACCUUAGCAAAAAUUGCCUUCGGACUUUUGUGGCAAGUUCUGAGCUCAUCUCUCUGGCCAUUCUUGACAUCAGUUCUAACUCUUUACAGGAUCUGGAACUGGAUGCCAGUGCCCUGGACGAGUUACAAGAACUCUAUCUUCAAGAGAACAGUCUGCAAGCGCUAUGGUCAGAUAUCUUUACACGCCUUCCACGCCUCUGGCUGCUUAACCUCCGAAGCAACAACCUGAGUCUUUGCAGCUUGUAUUCAGGAUUAGCCAGAAAAAGGCUUGCAGCUGAAGAAGAUGGUUGUGUCUCCUUUGUUGACCUUCCUGAGCUUCAGCAUUUAUAUCUAUCAGACAAUAAGUUGAAGAGCAUCCCAGUGUAUGGUUUCUACCGGACUCAACUUGUAGUUUUAGAUCUCUCUAUGAACUGGGGACUUCACAUAGAUGCCAAAUCACUGACUGGCUUGGAACACUCUCUUGAAUAUUUGGAUUUACACGGUAACGGCAUGACAACUCUGAAUCUAAAUUUCCCCCUUUUCUCGAACCUGAAAUAUCUCAACCUAUCUGACAAUCAGCUCAGCUGGUUGUCUCCAUGGACUGAGGGCUGCUGUGCCUUGGAAGUUCUGGAUCUGCAAAACAACAGCUUCAGCAGUCUGAAAAGCAGCAAGAUCCCAUCUCUGGAAAAAAACCUGCGGAAUCUGUACUUAGCUGGAAACCCACUCAGUUGCUGUGGAAACAUUUGGCUCUCUCACAUGAUCCACAAAACCACUGUGGAGAUCCCCAAUCUAGACCUUGUCAAAUGCCAGCAUGUCAAGAGUUUUGGAUACGAAGAAGAAGAGAUGCAUGUGGUCAAUAUCAGGCCAGAGGACUGUGAAAAAGAGGACCUCAAGAAGAUGAGUGUGCUGAUUCUACUAGCAGUGGUCCUGGUUCUGUCACUGGUGGCCAUUGGAGUAGGGGUGUUUUGUUGCUAUCGUCGGCAUAUAUUUGGACGUCACUAUAAGGCAUAGAUGGUGCAUUGCCUUUGUAAGGGUCCCAGGCACCUUGAUGUUAUUCAACCACUCUCCACUGGACAAUUCAUGGUCAGUUGCAUGAACAGACUCGACUGAAGUGCAUACAACAUGAUAUGAAACUUUUGUCUGUUGUUCAGGAUCCAUGAUGAGUCCUUCAUGUGGUCAAGUCAUCACUGAAUUGCCAUGUUUGGGAGAAACUGCUCUAAGCAUGUCUUCCAGGGAUCCCUCUGAAGCUCAUGAAGCUAAACCAAGAAGAAUCCAUGGCAGUGUUUUCUGAACUUAUACUCAGAGCUCCCUGUGUUCGGUGGAUUAAAAUGGACAGUGCACCACUCACUCUUACAUUUCCCCCCAAACCCCACACCAAUUCCAACUGCCUCUCCCUAUAUACAUACAUACAUCCGUUCCUAUAACAUGGGCACUUUCCUUGCACUGACUACAGGGUAUUUUUAUUAAUGCUGUUCCCUGUUUUCCCAUCCUCCCCUUUGCUCAGUGAAGCCCUGAAUUGUUGUUUCUUUGAGCAAGAAUGAGGCUUCUGGGAUUCCUCCAUACUUAUGUGCAAUAGUGCAACAUUGUAGUGCAUCCCAAUUCUCCAUUAUUUCAUACCUUGAGAUGGAGGGAUUGAGGCCCGCACAUGGGCACUGCCUCAUUUUAGGCCUGGUUUAAUUUUUGAAGCAUAGUCUAACCCACUUGCAAUACAUUGGCAUGUGUGAAUUACCAAUUUACUGCCAGUUCAGUGGGCAUCAAGCCAGGCUACAGGUGAGAAAUGUGCUCUACUUUCUGGUUGGUUGUCCAGAAGAAAGGAAAGGAAGGUUUAUUAACACACACGUGUUUCUACCUGCCAAUCAUGGCACCAAUACACUUCAGAGGUUUGACCAAGUUACUUCCACUGGUAGGAUAAAUAUCUCACAAUACUACAAAUCCCAGAAUUCCAUAACAUGGAGCCAUGGCAGUUAAAGUGGUGUCAAACUGCAUAAAUUCUGCAGUGCAGACUAGACCUAGGACCCUUUGUCAUGGCAACAGGCCAAUUGAGACCUUGUUCAUGUGGCUCCCUUGUCUUUUGCUGGGUUUCUCCACCUUGUAGCCUCAGCACAUUGUGAUCUCAUUUCUCACAUUCAUUCAUUCAUUCUCCUUACCUGCUUGCCAUUCUUCCUGCUGUUCCUCCAUCACUGUUAAAAAUCCCUGUGGUCAGUCGCCCCAGCUCAGAAGCCAUCUUCACAUGCUCUGGUUUCUUCAGAUCUCCUUGCACCUUUCAAAGGGAACUGCUGCAAGAGGACCUCAUCUGGGCUUGAUCCUGAUCCUGCCAGAACUUUUAUAUCUCAGCAUUGGUCCUUCAUCUUGGAUGCUGAAAACCAAAUAUAGAUACCUCAAAAUUCUCAUAGGUCACAUCGACCUGUGUUUGUCUUCAGUAUCUUCAUUGAUGGUAGUUUUUGCACAUUCCUGGUGAUCCCUCCAAAUGAAGAACAGUUGAAGGUUUUAUUUCUUUCAAAGGGGAUGAGCUGGGUACUAAUACUUUGUAGUAAUAAAAGACAAAGAAUUUCUUA